AUGAGUCAUCACUCCGAUAUCCAGAGCGACUUUAAUAAGCAAGUAGGGGAAAAACUAAAAAACGAAGUUGCUCAAAGAGACAAUACGAUAUCAGAACUGAAAGGAAAUAUGGAAAAACUCAACAGUCUACAAAUGGAAAACGCGAAGGAAAAGUUAUCGCUGUGCUAUGAAUUAUCCGAAGUUUGUAACAUUAAGGAGCAACUGUCGGGGGUUCUUUCAAUUGAAGUUCAAAAAAAUCAAGCUCUAUGCGAAGCCCAAAAAGACCUGGAAUCAACGGCUACUUCACAGGUUAGACAGCUCCAGGAAAAAGAAAGUGCUGAACGGGAAACUCUGAAGGAUUUAUUUUCGGAAUUGAAGAAAGUGGUGGAGGAAAGAGAUCGAUUACUUAUUCUACAAGAAAAAUACAUUCGAGAGAUCAAAGAAUUAAAAAAUAAUGUUCUAAACGUACAGAAGAAGGUGGACGCUCUAAUUGCUAGAACAAAUAAAAAAGAUCAAAAAAUAUUUCAGCUAUCUGAAAGCAUUAAGGCCAGUGAAGAAUUGUGCAAACAAACUGAAACAAAGUUGGGUAGAGAUAUGCGAGAAUUUCAAACAACCAUAUCUUCUUUGCAAAUUAGUUCAAAACAGUUAACUGAACAAAACGAAGAACUGGAAAACUCGGUACAAUAUUUGCAAAACAACACUCAAAGGCUGCAUAGCGAUUUAAACGAAGCAAGAAAACGUGAAAAAGACGCCACCGAUAAUGUAACUAAAACUGAAUCCAUAAACAAAAGUUUAGAAAGCGAAAAUAUUCAAUUCCAAAAAUCCAUUCAAAAUUUAGCAGCAGAAAAAGAAAAAUUAAUGACGGAAAUUGAGUAUGUUAACAGUUUGUGCGAAAAAGUUUUGUCCGAUUUUGAAACAAGCAUAAAGUCAAGUGUGGAAAAAGAAGAAGCAUACAAAAAAGAAAUCGAUGAAUAUAAAUCUUUAAUUUCCAAAUUUGAAUUGGAGUUUGACUUGCUAGGACGGAACUUACAAUUGGCUCAAACCGAACUUUUCCAUAUGAGAACCAAUCAAAAUACUCUUGAUGCAACCAAUGAAAAUUUACAAACAAUUUGCAAUCUAAAACAAGAAAACAAAAAACUACUAAAGGAUGUACAAACAUUGGAAAAUAAACACAAAAAAUCAUGCGAUGAUGUAAAAAAGAAAACUGAAGAAUUAAAAAAACUGCAAAAAAAUUUACAUGAAUAUAGCAAAGAAAAUCUAGACUUAAAACAGAAUAUAGAGGAACUAAACAAACAUUCAGAGACCAACAAGUCAUUAAAUAAUGAAAUUUCAUCGUUAAAUAAACAAUUAGUGGAGCUAAGUGAGACUUUACAAAACGAAAAGCGUAAUCAAGUUUCCUUGGAAUUGUAUAAUGAAAUAUCCGCUAAAUAUUUAAACAGUACCACAGAACUUUUAAACAAAAAACAAUCGUUGCAGGAAGUUCUUGUAAAUCUGCAGGAAACUCAGGAGGCGUUGAGAAAGUUACAAAAAGAAAAGCAAGAAAUGAGAGAUCAAAUAACCAAGGCUCUAUUAAACCUAAAUAGAGAAAAAGAGAAAAUUGAAGAGCUUACAAAAGAAAAGGAAUACAUUAAAAUACAAUGGAAUGAAGCGUCUUUGAAAUGUUCUCAGUUGGAAAGCGAGUUGAGAGAAUCGCAAGGGUCAAGUAUAUCCGAGCUAGAAUUAAGUAAUUAUAAAAACACAGAGAACAGAGCAAAAAUGUUAAAAAUGGAGCUGGACAACAGUUACGACAUUAUUGUUAAUUUAAAGGAAGAUCUUUCUAGUUUUCAACAACAAAUAACCAAUUUGGAGUUUCAAAGAUGCGAAUUAACGUUAAAACUACAUGAAUCGGAAGGACAUUACGAAACAGAAAAAACAAUAUGCUAUAAAUUACGCCAGGCCAAUCAGCACAUCCUAGCGGCUAUUCUUCGAAUGAGAGAGGAAGGUAAAGUAGGUUCCGAUGAGUGUAACGAACUGCUGCGGAAACUUCAAGAGGAAGAUUCAAAUGUUUCUAAAGAACAUAACCUAACAAAACAAGAUUCUUUAUAAUGCUAUUGUAUUCUUUAAAUUAAAAUGGUGGAUUUUAUAUCAGAAUCACAACUCGAAAAUUAUGAGGAUAUAAUUGAACAAAUUAAUAAUGAACAUGACAAAAAUGCAAAACUUAAAAAAGAUAUUCAGAAACAAAAUGAUAAAAUUAUAAUUACCCAGUUGGCCAACUCAAAAUUAAAUGAAAACAUAUCUUUGGUGCUUGUCAAAGUUUUUAGUGAUAUCUUUGAGAUGCACAAUGUUUAUUAUAGUGAAGUGCCUCACAGUGAUUUCAAUAAUUUAGUUAAACUAAAAGGUUUUAAGUUUUAUUUAAUCGAAAUUUUUAUAGUAAAAUCACUGCAACAAAAGAUUAGUGAGUUUAAUUGUAUGUUGAAUGUAAGUGUUCAAUAUGAGAACAAACGUAUUUAUAAAAGUAUACCUUACGAAAGCAAAAGUCCAAUCAUACAAAUAAUACCUGUUAAUGAAUCAGUUGUUGAAUGUACUGUUGAAACUUAUUUAGUAUUAAAAACUGAUGAUAAUUGGCUUAGGAUUAAAUUACAUACUGUUAAUUUAGAUAUAUCAUAUCAUUUUCAUACAUUUAACAAUAAAACCAAAUUGGAAAAUCUUGAUAAAAAAUUGUUGCAGCUAAAUAAAUGCUACAGUAACUAUAAUUUUGAUUCUCUAAGAAAACCAUAUCUUAUUGAUUAUAAUUUUAAAUGUUUAAUAAAAAAGGAACAGUUAACAAAAAUAUUUUUAAAUAAUUCCUACCAUCAAUUAGACGUGGAUCUUUUUUCUGAACUUUCAACUGAAAAUAAUUUUGCUGUACAAUUUUCUACUGGGUAUAAUAAACAUACCUUAAUUUAUAAUCAUGAUUCAAAUUAUAUUACAAUUAAAUGUAGUGUUGAGGAUAUGUUGAGACUAAAAAAAUAUUUUCUGAAGGAAAAUAUUAAAGGAGUUCCUAAUAAUGAUACUUUAUACCAAGAAAUAAAGAAAUCCUGUGAUAAGCUGUGUUUGCCAUUAGCUUCAUAUGAGGUGUGUCUUGAAUACAAUCUUAUAAGAAGAAAUUCUGUUAAGUUACCACAAUAGGUAAUAAAAU